AUGUCCGCCGACAAGGAAUUCAACCUCAAGGAGGUCGCUGCUCACAGCACCAAGAAGGAUCUCUACGUUGUUAUCCAUGAGAAGGUCUAUGACUGCUCCUCUUUCGUCGAUGAACAUCCCGGCGGUGAGGAAGUCCUGCUCGAUGUUGCUGGUCAAGACUCCACGGAGGCCUUCGAGGAUGUAGGGCACAGCGACGAAGCCCGUGAGAUCCUCGAGGGUCUCAAAGUUGGCACCCUCAAGCGCAUGCCUGGUGACCCAGCCCCGGCCGCCGCCCCUACAACUACCACAACUUCUUCUGGCUCAAGCGACUCUACUGGUCUCGGAAUUGGUCUCUACGCUGUCGUCCUGGUCGGCGCUGCUCUUGCCUACGGUAUCUACCAGUACAUGGGCACCCAGCAGGCGCAGCAGCAGGCAUAG